CUAAUUGUGAUUAAUAGAUGUGACAUGUUGUGUUAGUGAGAUUUGAAUUUAAUGUUUUGAAUUUAUUAGAACGUAACAUGAAACGAUGUACAUAAAUCUGUAUAAUAACCAAUGAUGUGAUGUUAUUUUACUAUAAGUAAAACACUGUAUUAUUUCUACAAAAUAUAUAAACCCCAAACUAGCUCAAUUUUCUAACAAGUCAUAGUAAGAAUCUGUUGAUCGAUUGCCCAAGUGAUUUUCCUUUUAAACUGUUGACCCAAUUAAACGAAUAAACAAUGGGUGAUAAAGAGGACUAUUUAACGUCUUAUCGAGUGUUUUUCGAGAAUUUUGCGGCUACUGUCAAUCCAGAAGAUCAAUUACCGGUUCAUAUUGCUGGAUACACCAUCACCGAAGCGGAGUUGCCAGGCGAAGUUCUUUACUGGACCACCCAAUACUUAAUCGAAAAACAAUGUCCACAGACACUGAUGACUCCGCUGCGGCGGAUCAUACUUGAUGAGGUGCGGGUUGCAUCGAAGAAACAACCCAAUGAAUUUGGGUACAAAUCUGAUGAUUCAGUUUACAUAGCUUUACGUCUCAUGCAAGCAGUGACAGCUCGCUUAAUCGGCGUUUGCUUACGGUAUUUGGACAACUCAAAAUUGGACUCAUUACCGCCGCCACCGCCACUCACACAGCGCGACAUGAAGACUGUAUCCUGUGCCACCAAGAACUCGCGUAGGGUCAUGGAAGAUCGACACGUCGAAGUAGGCAAUUUGGAAGCAUUGUUCGGUAUUGAUUCGACAGAGCGAACGAGUUUCUACGCGGUGUACGAUGGACACGCGGGAUCAGCCGCGGCAACGUAUUGCGCGGCGCAUCUCCACCAGUACCUGGUGGAGAGCCCGCACUUCCGCGGUGAUCUCGGCCGUGCCAUUCGAGACGCCUUCCUCAGGACCGACGCGGAGUUCGUCAGGAAAUGUAACCAAGAGCGUGCAUGCGGCGGCAGCACAGCGGUGGCGGUGGCUGUGCGAGCGCGGCAACUUAUCGCGGCCUGGGCGGGAGACUCGCUGGCGCUGCUCGCUAAACGGAUGCGGCUUAUGCAGCUCGUGCGACCACACAAACCUGGCCGAGAGGAUGAGAGAGAUCGAAUAGAGGCUGCAGGUGGGACGGUCAUAUACUGGGGCACGUGGAGAGUCAAUGGGCAGCUAGCGGUCUCACGAGCAAUUGGUGACGCCCAGUACAAGCCGUACGUGAUUGCUCGUCCAGAAAUCGCAACUGUGGACUUGGACGGUGAUGAAGACUUCGUCGUAGUGGCAUGCGAUGGACUCUGGGACUUUGUGAGCGAAGAUGAUGUUGCACUCGCCGUUUACAGACAACUGGCAAUCGAUCCAGAUGACUUGAAGGCGGUUACGCGGCGUCUGAUCGUGCAGGCUAAGCGGCAGGGUUCCGCCGAUAAUAUUUCAAUAAUCGUGGUGUUCCUGAAGGACCCGCGUGACAUCGCCGCCGACAACUGCCCGCCCAUGGAGCUUGGGCUGGACAACGCACUGGCGAACCCGCCUCCGUUCGCCAUGGAGGCGGAGGCGUGCAAGAGGCAGUUGGAGUCGAGCGCCGCCGAGAGCGUGGACAACGACAACUCGGACAGUGACAGCGAGGACCUCGGCCCGGAGACGGCGGUCGACGUGGACGACAUCGACGCCGACAGGAACCACGAGCCGGCACCGCCGACACCGCCCGCACACGCAGUGGAGGAGGGCCACGUCGACGGCGCACUGGUGGAUAAUGUAGCUGAGAGCGGCGAAGAGUCAGAAGACGAGUGGAACUACUACAAAGGCGAAGGUGAUCGCGAGGAGCAGAAUCCUAGCGAAGAACCGGACGAGCCGCCGCGCUCAGAAACACCCUGCCAAGAUAAUUCCGCUUGGGAAACCAGCUCAGUAGAUAUGAAUAGCUCCCCGCUGAACCCAGAUGCUCCGGUCUUUAUCCCUGGCUCGGUGGCGGGUGGAGAUGUGCUGCUAGCGGAGUCUCCACGCAAGCCGGUGCCCAUGGAUGAUAUUGAGUUGCCGGAUGUCGCACAGUUUGAGACUGAAGCAGUUGUGAGACCUGCAGAACUAUUAGACUUGGAUAACUGUGAUCAACUUAAUGGCCAUCAUAAUGUGUCAAUAAAUGAAACUGGUAUAGAAAAUUUCAAUGGCAAUGAUAAAUGCAACAUGGACAGUUUGGGCUUUGGAUUCAGUGUAGGCAAGGAGCCUGAUAAGGUCACCGAUACAGAUUUAAUACAAGAUUUCGAAAGAAUACAGAAGGACACUACUGACUUCUGCAAUGUACAGGUAUUCCAAACACAAAGUGAAACAAAUCCCUUUGCAAAUGAUGAUAAUAAUGAACUUCUUGAGAGGUUGAAAAAUAAGGAGAGAGACCCGAUGAGUAUGAGCUUUUAUCAAGAAAAAGAUGAUGAUACAUGUGAAAGACUGAAUAAAAAUACAUCUCAUGUUGAUCUAAAUGCAGUGCAGCCUCUGCCUGACAGUGAUGAUGAGGAUAUCCAGUCAAAUGGAGUUUAUGAGAAUCUUAUUGAACAUGAUAAAGAAAAUGUUUUACCUUUAAAGCAUACAGAUGGAGAUGUCCAGGAACCUAAUAAUGACAUAAUGAAGUUUGAUUGUAGACCAGACCUUGCUGAAAAUGAUUUGGUCAGUAACUUUGAGAGGGUGGAUAAUUUUAUAGACAACAAUGUAGAUGGCACAAAUAAUAUACAGAGUUAUUCUAAUAUGGAGUUUGAUUGUGGUAAUGUUCCCCAAGAUACAGUAUUGCAAACAGAUACACCCGAAUCUCACAAACUAUUAUUUGAACAAAUUCCUGAAAUACCAGAUGGUAAAAGUUCAGAAUUGGGUUUCACAAAUGAAGACUUGCAAGACCCUUCAGAAAGUGAAAAGGAUACACGAGUGUUCACGCCACAGGAUGAUAUAUCACAAGAUGUUGAUAUGGAAAGCAAGCCAGAUGAUUCUCCAGAUCUAGACACACAAUCUGGGUUUAAAGAAGAGCAUGUUGGAGAUGUUUAUUCUGUGGAAAAAUCCCAAGUUGUUUCGCCAGAACCAACUCAACAUACAAAUGAUAAAGAAAAUGAGAUAGUGUCAGAAACUGUAUUUAGCUUGGAUAACCAUGAAGUUGUGGAACAUGUACCUAUGUCUUUUUCACCAGUACAGGAAGAUAAAAACAAAGGACCUACCACACCAGAUUUUACUCAAGAUACACAAGAAAGUACUAUUGUAGACAUUCAUCAAACAUAUGAAUCUAAUUUAGAAAGUGAUAAUGUUUGUCAAUCGAAAAAUGAAGUGGAUACUCGCGAAGUUCCAAUUACUGAUGAUACUAUAACUUCUGAAAUAGACAUAAAAUUGGAAACAAAUCAGGACAUAGGUCGUGGUGUUGAAACUCCUUUGCCGACAGAACCUUCUUUACCGUCACAAUCGCCUGUACCAUGUGAGUCAUCAUUUCCUUCAGAGUCAUUACCUAUUGAAUCGUCUCAGUCGCCUCUUCCGUCUCAGUCUCCAAUACCUGUAGAGACUUUGGAACCAGCCCAAUCACCACUGUUAAAUCAGUCACCAUUAUUAAGCAACUCACCAUAUCCAAGUGAAUCACUUCACGCUGUGAAAUCUCCUGUACAAAGUGAAUCACUCUUGCCCUCAGAGUCCCCUAUACCUUCGCAGUCACCUGUGCCUGCAUUAUCACCUGUCCCAGUAUCCACUGAACCUAUUGUUCAACCAUCAUCACCUGAACCAAUAGAUUCCCCAGUACCCAUUUCUGAAGACACAACAAACGUAACAUCUGCAGUGUCACCAGCACCACUGCAGUCACCAAUACCAGAGACAGAAUUAACUCUCGCAAAAUCACCGGCGCCUUCUCAUUCUCCAACUGAGAUGAUCCAUUCACCUGUACCAAGUGAAAAGUUGCGCGAUCAGUCGCCAUUGCCGGCAGAAGUUCCAUUACCUAGGGAAUCACCUCUUCCAGCUGAUUCACCCCUGCCUGCUGAAUCGCCCCUCCCGGUUGAAUCUUCCCUCCCCAUCGAGUCAUCGAUCCCGAGGGAGGAGUUCGUUCCGACCGAUGUGUCUUCGCUUGCCGACCAUGAGCCGACGAGUGUCGCACUUGAAUCUACGCUUCGACCCGAGACAGCAUCACCACAGACUGCGUCUCCUCUUCCUGGCGAACCCGCUUCGAAUUUCGAUGGUGAUCGCCAUACUCCUGCCGUCGAUGUUAGGCUCACGCCUGAGGUACCAUAUGAACCUUCACAGCCCGAGGAGACGUCCACUAUUUUGGAGACGACAUCUGGUCCGACUCCCGACUUAGUACCUGAUGAACGCGACGAUGUCGUUCAACAAUCGCACGCCGAACUCGUCACCGAUAUAGAUAUCGGAAUACCGGAGUCGCGAGCGCAAGAGAUCUGCGUGCCCGUCACAAAUGAGAUCCACCACGAGGACUCAGUGCUGCCGGCCAGCGGCACCGACGCGGCCGCCGCGCCCGCGGCCCUCUCCCCGCAGCCGCCCGCAGCGCUCGAAGUUUCACCAUUAAACGAGACACACAUCGCCGCCGAUAUCGCUCCUGAGAAACAGGCCGAAUCCGUCGCGCCCGCCACCGUCGCCGCCGCUGCAGCCGGGGCGGCCGCCGCGACGGCCGCCGUAGUGGCCGCUGCCAAGUCUAAAACGCCAACUACGAAGAAGUCUCCCACUACGCCGACGGCGAAGCCCGACAGUCGCACGACGAAGCCCGCCUCGAAACCGACGGCGAGUCCGAGGACGACCGCCGCCUCCCCGAAGAAGCCUACUUCGACGCCCACCGCCCGGCCGGCGACUACGGCGCGAACUCCGACCGCUCCCAAGCCCGCGACGCCGGCCUCGAAGCCGGCGACGCCCGCCUCGAAGACGACGCCUGCGACCAAAACGACUGCCGCGCCCGCUCGCGUGUCCGCCUCGAGGGCGACCACGACGGCGCUCAAGUCGCCGGCCGCCGCCCGCGAGGCGCCCGUAACGGCCAAGACGGCGGCGGCGACGCGCGCCGCUCCCGCUGCCAAGCCCGCGGCGGCGCGUGUCCCCGCGGCCCGCGCCGCCCCCGCCGCCGCCCCGGCCGCCCGCCCCGCGCCCCGCCCCGCCGCGCCCGCCCGAUCCGCCGCCGCACCUACGCGCCCCGCGACAGCACCUGCUCGCUCGACUGCCGCGUCCGCUGCUGCCAAACCAAAAGAGACCAAGCCAAAAGCACCGGAAAAGAAGCCGCUGACUAACGGCGAUGCCAAGGAGACGAAGCCUCCGCAACGGGCUCCGACGCGGCCGGCGACUGCGCGCCCGGCCCCGCGCCCCACGCCCCGCGCCCCCGCCGCCACGACUGCCCCCGCAUCCGUACCUGCCAAGAAUGCUGCCCCAAAACCGGCUCCACGAGCGACGACAAAACCAAUGGACAAGCAAACAAAGGAUCUCGCAAACAAACGCAUCACAGCCAAGGCCGCUCCGCCAAGGACCGCCACCACUAAGGCGCCUGCAACGACAAAGAGCACGUCCGCGAAAGCUGUGCCCAAGAAAGCAGCAGAGUCACCCAAGAAGGAGAUCGCGCAGACGAAUGGACUCACGAACGGCGCGCUAGAGCCGCAGCUGACGAAGCCGCCGCCGAGCCCGCCCGCCGCCGACAACGCUCUGUUGCCUGACGUGAUCGCGUGAACGCGCCACCCGUGAUCGAUUCCUAUUAUUUCCGCUUUGAAUUUUGUGAUUUUCUAUAAGUGUAUGAUAGUUUUAACGUCGCUCGUAGCGGCGAGUCGUUAGGUGCGGGAGACUCCUCCCAAUUUUAUACUAUAUAGUCGCUUUUUAUAGAAGUGUACGUUGCAGUUCGUUAUGCGCGGGCCACAGCCCGUUAUAUUGUCGGCGCGACUCGGCGACUGCGAUGCGUCGCCGGAGUUCAGGUCGUUUUUAAACUUAUCACUGCUUACAAUCGUUUUUAUGUAAUGUUGACUAGCCGGCGGCGUCGAUGCAGUCGCCCGGUGUGUGCCGCGAUUAAAAGGUUAUUAUCUCCAUUAUUAUAAGUCUGUUUUAGAUUUUUAUAUUACCAACGAAUGAUUGAUUUAAAAAUCUGGCUUUUAAUUUAUUUUCUUUGUAUAACCGUAUUAUUUAAAUAAAAAAAAACGUGAAGAAGGACUGAGACAUUGUUUUAUUUAUAAAGGGUAUGAAAAUAUUAAUGUAGUUGAAAUGAUUAUAAACACAAUUAAAAAUAAUAAUAUUGUUUACUUAAAUUCAUAAUAGCUUACUUAUUAUGUCGAUGUAAACUUAAAUAUCAUGGUGUUACAAAGAAAUACUAAAAUAGAGCAAUUUUAUUGGAAUAAAUGAUUAUCACCCUU